UGCUGCAAUGUGGCUCCUUUGGCUCAAGCACCACUUGUCCAUUAACGUUUGGACCUUGCUGCUCUUGGGGAGCACCUGGCUACCGCUGGCGGAAGGCAGCCCCAAGUCUCCUUUUAGGACUUUCCCGGUUUCAGACUGGAGCUUGACGCACUUGGUGGUCCACAACAAAACCGGGGAGGUGUAUGUGGGGGCUGUCAAUCGGAUCUACAAGCUCUCCAAUAACCUCACGCUACUGCGGACCCACGUGACGGGGCCCGUGGAGGACAAUGAGAAGUGCUACCCUCCACCCAGCGUUCAGUCCUGCCCGCACGGGCUGGUCACCACCAACAACGUGAACAAACUGCUGCUGGUGGACUACUCGGGGAACCGUCUGAUCGCCUGUGGCAGCGCCUCCCAGGGCAUUUGCCAGUUCCUGCGGCUGGACGACCUCUUCAAGUUGGGGGAGCCCCACCAUCGCAAGGAGCACUACCUCUCCAGCGUCAAUGAAUCGGGCACCAUGUCUGGGGUCAUCAUUGAGGUGCUGAACGGGCAGAACAAGCUUUUCAUUGGGACGCCCAUUGAUGGGAAGUCGGAGUACUUCCCCACUCUCUCUAGCCGAAAGCUGAUGGCCAACGAGGAGAAUGCAGAGAUGUUUGGCUUUGUCUACCAGGACGAGUUUGUCUCCUCCCAGCUUAAGAUCCCCUCGGAUACACUCUCUAAGUUUCCCACCUUUGACAUCUACUACAUCUACAGCUUCAGCAGCGAGCAGUUUGUUUACUACCUGACCCUGCAGCUGGACACCCAGCUCACCUCACCUGACUCCACCGGGGAGCAGUUUUUCACCUCCAAGAUCGUCCGCCUCUGUGUGGACGACCCCAAGUUCUACUCCUACGUGGAGUUCCCCAUCGGCUGUGUGCAGGAUGGCAUCGAGUACCGCCUGAUCCAGGACGCCUACCUGACAAAGCCUGGCAAGGCUUUGGCCAAGUACCUGGGCAUCUCAGAGCAGGAGGAUAUCCUCUUCACCAUCUUCUCCCAGGGCCAGAAAAACAGGGUUAAGCCUCCCAAGGAGUCUGUGCUCUGCCUCUUCACGUUGAAGAAGAUCAAGGAUAAGAUCAAGGAGCGUAUCCAGUCAUGCUACAGAGGGGAAGGGAAGCUCUCGUUGCCCUGGCUCUUGAAUAAGGAGCUGGGCUGCAUCAACUCGCCGCUGCAGAUCGAUGACAAUUUCUGUGGCCAGGAUUUUAACCAGCCACUGGGUGGGACUGUGACCAUCGAGGGGACCCCUCUCUUUGUGGAUAAGGAGGAUGGGAUGACCUCAGUGGCUGCCUAUGACUACAGAGGACAAACCGUUGUCUUUGCAGGCACGCGGAGCGGGAAGAUCAAAAAG